AGUCGCAAGAACGCCCACCAACCUUCAAGUCAAACGGUUAGUUAGAGUUCCAUUUCCGAAACUAAAGUGUAAUAAACUCCAUCUCAACUCAUAAGCGCUUUCUUGUAGUAGAAGUGAUAGCCUAGAAGUACUCGUUCUCGUACACGACUAGUAACUUGCUUCUUAAGGAAAGUUAUAAUAACUUUUUAUAAUAGAAAAUCUUUAAGGAGAUCGAUUUCCUUAAGGAAGUAGCUCCUUAAGGAAGCCCCUUAAGGAAGCUCCUUAAGAGAUUUCCGCCAAUUGCUAAUACUAUAAAUACUAAUAUAAUAUAUAUUUGUUCCACCAGGGCUCAGGGCUGAAGGCCCCUCCCUCCAGAUCUAACUUGUUGAGGGGGGGGGCCUCCAGCCCCGGACCCUUUUUCCGAGGGGCUGCCAGGCGGGAAGGCCUCGAGGCGCCCACCUCUGACCCCUUCCCGCUUCUUGCCUGGACCCUACAGCGCCACCAUGCCGGAGGCCGUUGAAGCAUUGAAGAGCGGGCUUGGACGGCUUCCGAAUGUGGCAAAGGUGGCAAGGCGUGACCCCCUUGGCGUGUUGCAUGUACCCGGCCGACCUGCCUAAGGUCGCAAGGCUGGAGCCCCUUGGCGUUUUGCGUGUACCCUACAGACCUGGAGAAGGUGCAAAGGUGGCAAGGCUGGAGCCCCUUGGCGUGUUGCAGUUACCCUACAGACCUGGCGAAGGUGCAAAGGUGGCAAGGCUGGACCCCUUUGGCGUGUUGCUUGUGCCUUACGGACCUUGGGGCGCCUCCCUUCUUUCGGCUCUUUUUGCCGUUCUCUUCCCCCACUGUGAUACGCCAGAGGCGACCACGCCACGGGUGGGCGCUUCUCGUCGCUCGUUCCGCUCUCGUCCCUCGUUCUGCUCUCGUUCCUCGUUCUUCUCUCGUUCCUCGUUCUGCUCUCGUUCCUCGUUCUGCUCUCGUCCUUCGUUCUGAUCUCGAUCUUCUCUCGUCCCUCGUCGUCGCUCGUUCUUCUCUUGUCCCUCGUCGCUCGUUCUGCUCUUGUCCCUCGUCGCUCGUUCUGCUCUCGUCGCUCUUCCUCCCUCCCUGGUGCAUAUUUAAAUAUGUAUAUAUUACACGCCUCCUACUUGCUUCAGCGUUGCAUCACUAAUCGUGAUCAUCAUCAGCAUAAACAUUGACAUUAUCGUCAAACGGAAAACAAGGUACUAUGUUUGUAUUUCUAUUUAGCUCUUUCUGACUUAUAUUCUAUCAUUACUAGUCUUGCUACUUUCAACAUUUCGCUCCCAUCUACUAGUCCUCUUCUAGAUCAUACUUAUUUCAAGAAUUUCAGUUUUACUACUUACUAGCACGGAUCUUUAUCUACUAAAGAAACACUGGGUAGUAGGACCGACCAAAAGAUGGGCGCCGUUCUCGGGAAACCAGCUCCAGGCUGGUAUGUCGUUGUGUUGGUGUACAUUUUUACGAUAGACACGACUUCUGCCGUCCUGUUGCUCACGAAGAUUCGAGCCGCCGUGGAGGCACCGAACAAGGCAGAUCAUGACAAGGGGGCAGACGAGGCUGUGCUCCAAUACAUGAUUAACAAGCGUGCGGAGGUACUCAGGACGAGGACAAUGCUGGAAUUAAGGCACGUCUGGACGACUCAAAAAUACAGUGACAAAAUGUACAAGGCACUGGAAGCCUACAUUACAGAAGAGCAUGAGGACCCCUGGGUGCAAAGGAGAGCCCAUGGAGAAUGGUUUGAUAAGCGUUUCCAGGAAAGCUUGAAUCUGGUAAACAAAUGGUAUACAGACCUCGAAAAGCGUAAUUUGAAGAAGCCGCUGAUUGACGCAUUCUGUGACGCGGCCUCGCCAGCGCGACAGCUGCUGACCAAGCCUCCUUCUGGCGCGUCGGAUGCCGCUGGAGAGGGCUACAUUUUUGACAAAGUAGGACUAUGCGACGUCGAAGUGGAUUCUCGUCCUUCUGAUGUUUUCCCACAAUUUGGCCUUGCCUUGGGCGUUGAUGCUCUUCUAGAGUGGCUGGCAGGAUACAUCGUGAUGCCCGUAAAGUCAUUUACGGACGUCGAUGAUAAGAACCGCGAUCCCUCCGCCCCUUCCUUUUGCUACUGGUUGUACGACGUGCGCACGGACACGAAUCCGGAAUCGCCGCGCGUGCAAGCUGCGCUAGCCAUGGAGUACGCUUUUCUGUUCCUAAAACUAACUGGGAGUUCCCAUCUUUUUACUCACGAACACGAUGGCAAACAACUUCAACUUCUCCAGACGCUGUUUCUACCAUCCCAGUUCUCCACAGAAGUCGAAGAUUUGGUUUUCGAAUGGGACAAGGAUCUCCCGGAGGUGGCGGGGGUGCCAGAUCAUGGGUUCAUUAUGCAUCGGUCUUCGUUUAUCCCUCUGCAGCUCUUAUUCGAAAGCGUCUUACGAUUGUACGACCCAGCGAGUCGGACUUUCGGUCAGCGCCUCGGUCUGAAUAUGUUGAGUCAACUGCUGCCUGAAGUUAACGAACAGGACGACGCGGGAAGCAGGUCGUCGUUGGCUCCUCUGAUAGGUCCGAUCAACAUGUCGAUGUCGAAGUCUGGCCGCCUUUCCGACUUUUCCCUUUUCUAUCGGAAAAUAUCAGCUGGCACUUUGUUGUCUUUGGUGCAGUCCUCUUUUCUUGGUACUCCUGGUGACGAUGAAGGCGCGGGCGCCAGAAAUACUGGAGCAGUGGUGUUGGAGUCGAAGAAGCAUGACUCGUAUGCGUAUAUGGCCAAAGGAGCUCUGGAUGUCGCAGCUCUUUACAAGACACGCCUCCCCACUUAAGGCUUCCCCUAAUCCAUCUCUUCUAUACAUAGCGAUGAUCCUUCAAGAACAGUAUGCACCCCAAUAAAAGAAAGGUGCUGACGCAUGUGCUUGAGGGAUUUCCACAGGGAUGAACUGGGGAGAGGUCUAACUAGAAACGACUGCGCACUUCGGGUAUAUCCUAAUCCUGACGCCAUAUGUGAUUAAGGGCGCGCCUAGCAAAAGCGAGGCUGUCAAACUAAUGGUUACGGGAACAACGGCGCCGCCCAAUGUCCUUGAAGAUGGUGGUAAGUUGCCUGAGCAUGGCAAUUUUUUUACGACGCCGCUCACCCCAGUGAUCGGAGUCUCCGGCGCACAAUCGGAAAAGGAGUGGGUAACUCUCUUCGGGAGCGGAACGUUGAGCAUCCAGGAUGUUUUUCUUUUUUCUAGACUUGGCCAUUGGAAAAAGACUUUGCAGGAGCAGGUUCGCGCGACUACAACUCGAACUCCACAGACAAAUUAUAAGGAUUCUGCUGAUUUCAAUUAAGGGCAGGCUUUAUCCAUCUUUCUCAGCAUCUCGAUAACGAUACCCUUUUCCCUUGGAUUUCACGGAAAAAGGGGUCGACAAGAGGGGGCCGAGAUGAAGAAAAGCCGGCGACUCUAAUUCGAAGCCUUUUCCACUGACCUAAUGGCGAGUCUGUCGGAUGCCGCAGGGAUGAACUACAAGAACAAGAAGUUCCGCGCAGACGGGAAGGGCGAUGUUGAUGAAUACUUCGGCUUGCCGGAUUCCCUGCACAUGAUUUUGAAGCACAUUUGGGGAUCUUCAUAUUCUGCGAACAUGCCAGAAGCUAUCGUGGUCGGAAAAUUGAUACAAACGCCACUGAACGCGGCAUAGUGCGACGAUCCUUCUUAGACUGUUUCCUGUAGGGAAGAGUGAGAACUUAUAAUUUGCGCCGUGGUGUCUGUGUAUUUCUACUGAGUGCACAGACCUUGUUGAUCAUGAUCUUCUAUUCGAAGCUAUUAAGAUAUUAAAAGCGGAGAAGGUAUUAGCAUCACCAUGAGCAAGGCGAAAGCGAAACUUAUAAUAUAGAUGUUCCAGGGCUCAGGGCGGGAGGCCCCCCCUCGAUCUAACUUUUUGAGGGGAGGCCCCCAGCCCCGGACCCUCUUGCCGAGGGGCUGCCGGGCGGGAAGGCCUCAAAGCGCCCACUUCUGACCCCUUCCCGCUUCUUGCCUGUACCCUACAGACCUGGCAAAGGUGGCAAAGGCUGGGCCCUCUUGUCGUGUUGCAUGCGCCCGACAGAGCUGGCAGAGGAGGCAAGGCGGGACCCGCCCCCUUGGCGUGCUGCAUGUACCCGACAGACCUGGCAAAGGUGGCAAGGGUGGACCCCUCUGGCGAGUUGCAUGGGCCCAACCCUACGCCAAGGGGGUGGGUCCCGCCUUGCCUCCUCUGCCAGCUCUGUCGGGUACACGCAACACGCCACAUCCGGAAGCCUUCCAAGCCCGCCCUUCAAUGCUUCAACGGCGUCCGGCAUGGUGGCGCUGUAGGGUCCAUGCAAGAAGCGGGAAGGGGCCAGAAGUGGGUGCCUUGAGGCCUUCCCGCUUGGCAGCCCCUCGACAGACCUGGCAAAGGUGGCAAGGCUGGACCCCUCUGGCGUGGUCCACCACCGAUCCAUCCACCGGGGGGGGGCCUCCCUCCCUGGUACAUAUAUGAUAGAUCAUCGGAGCCGUGCGAGGAGUACGCAGUAGAUAUGGCUACAUACUACAAUAUUAUAUUAGAGUAAGGCCAAUAACGGGUUUCGAGUUGCUCGAGUUGCCACGAGUUGCUCGAGUUGCCGAAGCGAAGAGCUUCACCCCUGGAACGAGUUGCCACGAGUUGCCGGAAGGUGUCCGCUCCAUCGAAAUGGAGCGAAGCAGGUCGGUGCGAGCACCAACCUAGCCGCUCGAAGUGGCGAAGUGUAGGAGGCUGCCGCUUUUGUUGUUGCUCAUGAAGGGGGCAAUCGGGUACGGAGGGCGCCUGAGCCCUUAUGCCUUCUUUUUUGUAGCUUGCGCCCGGGCGCUUAUUAAAGCACAACCAAGGCCAAGGGGGCGAAGGACUCGCCUCUUUGUUGUUUUUGUUUGGUGUCAGUGUCGCGGUGGCGUGUGGUGUCGUCUAGUCGCUGACGAUCUCUCCCUUUUUUCUUCGGAUGUGUGCCCAAUGAGUCCACUUCGGGGGUGAGAGCGAAUGGCCCCCGUCCGCUUUAUAGGGCUGCGCGUCCAGCCUUGCUUGGGGUGAGUAGACUAGAGAAAGCAUUCCACUGGGUGGAAGUGGGGGCUGGAAGUGGAUCAUCGCACUAGUUUCGUCGUCUUUACUUAGAUGCCGCGAGUAACUAGAUGACCAAGCAGGCGGGUGGCUGAGUAGAAUGCGACGAGUUUCGAGCCCGAGACGGUUACUCGCUCCUGUCUAAAUCAAGGAUCAGAGACACGGCUCGCAGUGUCGUACGCUCCUGCUAAGGUUUCGCGGAGUCUCAUAAAGCCGCGCCCGAAGGGCGCCGCGUAAAAAAUUAGGGUGGGCAACUCGAGCAACUCGAGCAACCCGAGCAACUCGACCCGAUACGGGUCAAAAAGUGCCUUAUUCUAUUAUAUAUGUUUUAGGGCUGCACGGUGCCCCCCCUUGUGGUAUGGUCUGGGUUGGCGCGCGCGCUCUUUUCCGCGCUGAUUUUCGCGGAUUCUAUUUACGGAAGGCGUCAGUUGAACUAGGCGCGGGCGCCCCCUUGCGCCUCUCUCUGUGUCCUUCAGGGACCUCCUGGCCUCUGCUGACUCUCGCAGGCGGGAGGUCCCCGGGGUAAAAGGCCGCCGAAGGCGGGCACUGUCUCAAGAGCAAGCAAGCCGAUGACCAAGGGCCCGAAGGGUACCGGCCGCGCGGCUCAGGGGGUCCAGUCACUUCCCUUUUGCCGCCUUCGGAGGCCUCUCAAAUCCGGCGCACUGCUGCGGCGGCGAAGCAUAUAGGAGGCAGGGAGGGCACAGGCAGGCACCUGGAAGGGAGCGCAGGCGGCCCCUUGGGCUGCUUCUGAAGCUUUUCACCUUCGGAAGGCCUGGAGGGAACACCCAGGCAGCCGGAAGGGAGCGGAGGAGGCCCCUUGGCCCCCUUUUGAGGCCUUCCACCCUCGGCAGACGCCUUCAAGAGGGGCCCGGGGCUACUGGUGCCCCCCCUACGCUAGGGGGUCAUGUAUAGUUUUGCUUUUGUCUUGCUCUUGGUCAAUGGUCAUCCAGCUGCUGCGCCUUAUUAGUUAGUCACCCAUUUUUCUGAUUUCGAAAAAUGAUCUAUCUGACGCCUGACGGUCAGUCAGCGGGGAUUCUUUGUGUGUAGAAAUUCUUGAUGUGAAAUUUUGCAUCGAAUUUUUGGUCAUGAAGAACUUGAAUGAUGUGGUUUCUUUUUUUCCGUAUGAAAAUUUUAUUUUUCAAAAGAUCAGAUCUUGAACUAUUAGUACGUAGUACAACUACCCCGUCUUCACAUAUAACAUAAGAAGAUCAACAUGAUCCAGUGCUUCCUCGAAGAUCCUGCUAAUUCAUUGUUCAAAAGCUCAGCAACGGGAUGCGAAUGCUCAUACAUUGUAGAUUCCAAAAUGAAGAUCAUCUAAUGUUGAACAUCAAGAAUUUAUAGUUACGAUCAUCUACUAAUGGUCGUGGAGGAGCUCCAGAGGGGGGGGUUUUCCACAUCACAUCAGAAGGUCAGAGGGUCAUAUAAUCUGCUAUGUAUUGAAGUUCCCAACACUGGUAGGGUUAGAUCCUUCGUUACACGCGGGGGGCAUGGAUAUGCGUCGGGGAAUUGAUGCCCGAAAGAGAAGCACAGUGGGUAGAAAAUUAUCUUCUCGAGGAAAUCAUCCUCGUCAAGUUGCGCAUUCGCAUCGGUCUAGAUGUUGGUGUUGGAGCCGUAAUAAUAUAUAAGGUCUUGUAGUCGUGCUCGUGACCUACCGUAAUACCAGAAUACCAGAAGACAUUGAUUUAUUUUUGAAUUCCUUUCACCGACAGACAUCAUUAAUAUUUCUUUUUUUUCAUAGGAAGCAAGCAACGUACGAAGGUUCGUUGUUCGUCUACGUCGUGAUUAUUUUUGAAUUAAAAAAAGACCAUGGGUUCUCGUAGUCGUUAUCGAUUUUUUCAUUAUCACUCGUUUUCCUUUUCGUUUUGCUUUUGUACAGGUGAAACUGUGGACGGCGAGUCAACUCCUAUCCUAUCAUAUCCUCGCGGACCAGGAAGGAUAAGGCGUAGAAAUUGAUAAGAUAAAAUAAAAAGAUGUAGAUCAUUUUCCUUCUCAUGAUCCAAUGCUCCCUUGAAGAUCCUGCUAAUUUAUUGUUCAAAAGCUCAGCAACGGGAUGCGAAUGCUCAUACAUUGUAGAUU